AUGAAUGACAUAUAUAGCCUUAAGCCAGAUCAUCUGCCUAAAGUAGCCGCUGCACUAUCCAAAACCGGGGUUGUGAUCAACCUAAAAAUACUUAUCAACGGCAAAGACCUUAACAUAGCCAUUGCAGAAGACGUUGCCGCAACCCCUAAUGCUCCCAAAGCCCCCAAAACCCUCAAGGCCGCACCCAUAAAACUGAAGAUUAUGAUGAAUGGCAAAGAUCUUGAGCUAGAUCAUACACUUGAAGCUGAGCUAGAGCAUCCGCCUGAAGUAGCUGUUGCACCCUCUAAAGCCGGGGCUGCGAUCAACCUAAAAAUACUUAUUAACGGCAAAGACCUUAACACGACCAUUGCAGAAGACAUCGUCGCAACACCCUAA